CUGACUUUCACGCACUCAGUAGCAAGUGGAGACCCCUUCGACUCAUCCGUCAUCCUCUGGACACGUGCCGUGCCCAAAUCUCUCGACGGAACGACCUUGCUACCUGAUCAAAGCGUCCCCGCGUGUGUCUCUUACAGGGUAUAUACAUUCCCCACGCUCUCAGGUAAACCUGUAAGCUCGGGUGAGGCCUUCACGAGCUACGACGUCGAUUGGACGGUCAAGGUAGAGGCUACGGGCCUGAAACCAGACACCAAGUAUUUCUUUCAAUUCGCAGAUUGUGCAAAUGUGCAGACGGUUAGCCCAGUCGGGAUGACAAGGACUAUCGCUACUGCUGCGAAGCAUGUUAACGGUGGCGAUCCGCUGACCUUUGCUGUAUUCUCUUGCUCUCAAUAUCAGUCUGGUUGGUUCAAUGCUUAUGGCUUUGCGGCACGCAACACCAGUGCUGAUAUCUUCGUCCAUCUCGGAGACUACAUAUACGAAUAUGUUCAGGGAGGUGCUUCGAUUGGUCGCACCGUCCUAGGGCGGGAAUUAGCAACUAUCCAUGAUUACCGUCAGAGGUUGAACCAGUACAGGACCGAUGCGAGCCUCGUGGCUGCGCAUGCCAAAGCUCCUUGGAUUACUGACGACCAUGAAGUUGCAGACAACACCUGGAAAGCUGGUUCCGCAAAUUCCAACGACUCUGCAUCAGGAUGCACCUGGUCCCCCUCAGGGGCAUGCUUCACAGAUAGAAAGUUCGCUGCCAUUCGCGCGUACCACGAAUGGAUGCCCAUUCGCCAGGUGGAUGCGAGCGAUAAAUUGAGAAUUUGGAGGAAUUUUAAGAUUGGGAAAUUGUUGGAUUUGACGAUGCUGGAUACGCGUGUGUAUGACAGGGAUCUGACGGAUCAAUUGAAUCACUGUGAUGUAGUCGUCAAUAGUAUUGCGGCUUUCCCUAACCGUUCCAUUAUGGGAUUGGCACAAGAAAAAUGGCUCUAUGACACAAUAUCUCGUUCACAAGAACGGGGCGCUGUCUGGCGCGUGAUAGGUCAACAGAUCGUCUUUUCCCAAUUAAACUUUGGAGGAUCUUUCGACUUGGUGAGACCCUCAGCCGAUGCAUGGGACGGCUACCGUGCAAAUCGCGGACGUGUUUUGGACCAUCUUUACCGGAACAAAAUAAAGAACACCGUCAUUUUGUCAGGGGACAGCCACGCCAACUGGGUUUCUGACCUCGCUCAUCCAAACGACACAGUGACCUACAACCCCAAGACGGGUGCUGGCUCCAUUGGUGUCGAAUUCGCGGGCACAGCAGUGACCUCCCCGUCCGCUUUUGGCGCAUGGAUCACACCAGCAGCAGCUAACAACAUUUCCCGACAACUCGUAGCCAUCAACUCCGAUCUUCAGUGGAGCGAAGCAUCUUACAGGGGCUUUUUCACGUUGACGAUUGAUAGCGAGACGUUGAAUGCGACAUAUUAUGCGAUGAAUAAUAUCAGUUUCGCAAACUUGGACGGUUUCGCAAGCGCCAAUUUUGUUGUGAGCAAUGGAGAGAAUAAACUUUCGAGGCCUGUUGCUGGGGGCGUUGUUAAAGCUAGUGUUUUGAAGGACGUGUAG